AGACAACAGACGAAAACAAACCAAAAGUAUUAGUCCCCUAUAUAAGCCCGCGUUUUGUUUCGUAGUUUAGUCACAUUCAAAUCGUCUACUGAGCAGCAAGCAACUCCAAUAUCUUAAAAAUGAGAUUGCCCAAUUCAAGAAGCUAUACAGCAUUCCUGGCUGUCAUCGUUUUUGUGCAACUCACGUCAAGUUUGGCUCAGCCAAUUCGUUUGUCCCGUACGGCUGAAGUGGGAACGUCAGGUGGAAAUCUGCUCUACGCCAACACUCAGCAACGACCUAUGCCCCCUGCUUUGGUUCAGGGACAAGAUGAACAAAUAACAACAGAUGAAACUAUGACAGAUCUUGAAGAUGUUACUAGCUCACCGCUUGUUCCAUCAAAUGACAAAAUAAUACCUGCUGUAGUUGUAACUGUCAAUGAAGACAACAAAUUGGUGAGCCCCCAAGUACAGACGGAAGUCCCUGCUUCUCCAUCAGCACCAGAAGUUGAUCCUCCUCUGUUUUAUCCACCACGACCUGUCGAACAACCGAAAUACAGACUACCAGCACACUACAGUCCUCCUCUUCAGUCCAAACCACAACCUGCUCGCAGAUACAACAGCAAUGACAGACUUUUGGGAGAGGCUCCUUUCAAACCCAGCAUGUUGGGCUUUCCUCCGAUAACCAACACGCGUGAGAAUUUGGGUCUCCAAAUCAAUUGGGCGGCCAAAAUUGGUCGAGCCCAUCGCUCGUUUUACGAUUUCCUGUUGGCUUGAGAUAAAUGUAAUUAAUCUUCUAAUACUGGUGACUGUUGAGCUUUCGCUAGUAAAGUCAAAUUGUUGAAAUCUAUUCUCUGUGCAUGUGAACUGUCAAGAACAUCUUUUAAAACACUUUUUCUUAUCAAAAUUAUUCAGUCAAGCAAAUAAAUUGAUAAAACACAA